GGAGAGUGGAGGGUGGGAUUUGCUUACCGCGACCCGCCCCUCGCUUUGCCCCACAGGCCAAUCACAUACCGCCAAUCCUACGGCCAGCUCGACCAGCUCGACCAACACCAGCUCGCCUCGGCAGCCAGUGCGUCUGCAGCAAUUUUGCCUGGGGUGCCAUCUGCUGACAUCGUCUGGGAUUGAUGCAACUCGACACAAGUCCUCAAUAAUCAGCAUGCCGCCUUUUUCAGCUGCGUGGGGUAAAAUGGCCCCCUGCUCGCCCGCCAGUCAGCCCGGCUGUGCCACAAACGUGGAAACGGUAGGAUUUGACGUCUUACCUGGACUGGCAGGACUGGGUCUCACUCACCUCAAAAACCCCUCCCCUCUACUUUAUCCUCCUUCUCAGCUCCAGCUCCGACGACACACCCACAGGGCUGCUUGCAGUUUGCCAGGACACGUCACCCCAGUGCCCUGCCCCGUGCCUUUGAUCCUCUGCCGUCCCUUUGUCACUCCACCCCAAGGCCGUCGAGCUUCCCCAUCGGAAUUGUCCAAGGCAAGGAAGGAUACAAUACAGGGAGAUAUUAGAGUUCUGACCCUUGGCUUCUGCCUUCUCCCUAGCACCCGCCGCUAGGAAACGCCAUGCCUGCAGCUGAGCUGGCUGCCCUGCUCCAACAUCUCCCAUACCCUGGCCACCACCAACAGCCUUCAUCUCGAUUUCGACGCCCAAGGAGGCGGAGUGAGUGUGCGUGUGUGAGUGUGUGAGUGAGCGAGGGUGAUCUUCGCGCCGGCACUCGAACUGCGACACGGCGUCCCCACCGGCGUCUAUACCUGCACCCAACCCGCAGGCGCGUGGGGCGGUUGCACGGCGAAUCGUGUCACACCAACGUUUAUAUAUCUCCGACUGACGCCUGUUCCAUCCUACCCUGUCCUGCCCUUAUCCCCCAGUCGACUGCUUUCAAGACCUGCUGGCGAGUUCCCGCUGGUCGCACUGCUUUGUGUUCGCAUGUUUGCAUGUUGUCUGCCUGCCUGCCUUGCUUGAUUCCGUCUUCUCAGAGUGUGUCUUUUCGUAUGUCUGGUUAAUACCCUUGAUACCCACGUAUAUAAGACGCAGACAUGGAGUCGAGCGAGAGGCCGGAUAUCAUUGUGGCCGUGGACUUGGGGACCACCUUCACAGGCGUGGCUUGGGCCCGGCCGCAGGCUACCAACCCGCUCCAGAGCUCAAUACAGGUCAUCUACAACUGGCCAGGCUGCUCAACAAGGAACGAGCAGAAGGUCCACACAUGCCUGGUCUACGGCCGGAAUGAGAGGCCGACGUCCUGGGGUUUCAUCUGCGAGGAUGACGACGACUUUGAGAUCAGGCGGAGGGAGUUCUUCAAGAUCUUCCUCGACAAGAUGAACCUGCUCGAGGCACAGAUCAAAGGGAUCCAGGGGGCCCCCGAGUCCGUCGGACAAGCCCAGAAGUUCGUCACGGACUACCUCCGCGAGGUCUACAUCCACGUCAAGUCGACGAUAGAGCACCAGACGGGGAUCGGGCCUUUUACGGGGUGGAAGAACCUCGCCGUCGAGUUCCUGUUCAGCGUGCCGACGACUUGGAGGAGCUUCGAGAUCAUCAACAUCUUCAAGGACGCCAUCGCGAACGCGGGGUUCGGCACCGAGGGCCCCAGGCACAAGUCCACCCUGGACCUGACAGAGUCCGAGGCCGCCGCGGUCGCGACCAUCAAGUCGACGGCGGUCAACUUCGAGAAGGACGACAUCUUCCUGUCGGUCGAUGCGGGUGGCGGCACCACCGACUUCGCCCUGAUGCAGGUGGUGGAGACCAGGGACCCGUUCCCCACGCUCAAGCAGCUGACGCAGGUCGACGGCGUCGGGAUCGGGUCGACGCUUAUAGACCGUGCCUUUCUCGACCUGGUCGAGGACAGGGUGUUCCCGUUCACCGAGCUGGUCGAGCAGCUGCCGCCGGACUGCAUUGAGAAGCUGGUCCGGGGCGACAAGUUCAGGACGACCAAGCACAAGUUUGGGGAGCGCGUCUAUAACUCGGAGGUUUAUAAGCUGCCCAUGGAGGGUGUUGGGUAUAACUUCAACCAUGAGGGGGCCGGCAUAGAAUCUGGUAGACUGCUGUUGACGAGGGAAGACAUGCAGUCGAUAUUCGACCCACACAUCAACGGCAUGCUCAAGAAAAUCCGAGAACAGCUCGAUUUUGUCCGGGUCAAGGCAUUUGGAGACCCCCAAGUCCGAUACUUGAUAUUGUCAGGUGGGCUCGGUAGCAGCGCAUACGUACGAGACCGGCUGCAGCAAGACCUCUUGCUCAAUCCUCAUCCCAGCGCAGUAAACGUCACCAUUGUGCAGGCGCACGACCCGCAACUCGUCGUGGUCAAGGGCUUGAUACUCGACCGGCUGCAGAAAUUAGAAACCGGCAACAAGCCCGUGCUUGCCACGCGCAAGGCGAGGGCCAGCUAUGGUGUCAUGUGCAAGAUGAAGUAUAACCCAGAUAUACACUUCCAGGAGGAGCUGAAGACAGAUCCACUUGACGGCCAGGUCUAUGCCAUGAGCCAAAUAGACUGGCUCAUCAGGAAAGGCGAUGAUAUUAACCCAGCCGUGCCGAUAAUAUCGGCAUUCUGCCAGAAGAUCGCAAAGGGGAGCCCAGUACGGCACUGGGACUCGGUCGUUGUGAUAUCACACUCGGAGAGAGAAUUUCUCCCAGUCAGCAUGAACGAUUCCGGGGCAAAACAGCUCUGCACGGUCCGGUCCGACCUCUCGGGCGUCAAGGACAGCGAGCUGGAGCCGAGGAAGCAGAAGCGGAGGCCGCGGGCCCUGUUCUCGCGCAGCCUGCGCUGGUACAGCUGCACGUACGAGGUCAGGGCGCUGGUGGGCGCGGCCGACCUGACCUUUGAGCUGUGGUUCAACGGGCAGCGCUUCUCCGCGAACCACGAGCCCAUCCGGGUCACGUGGGACGAGGAAGGGGCCGGCCUGGGUGGCGGUGGGGGGCCAGGGGGCCCAGGGGAGAGUGGAGGAGGAGGAGGAGGAGGGGGUAGUAGGGGGGUGGUGGUGCCGGGCCCGAUGGCUGCGUACAACGGCCACGGCCACGGCCCCGGCCGCGUCGGCGCCGUGCGCGACUCGGGCAGCGCGAGCGGGAGCAGCCCGGUCUCGGGCGUCAGUGGCCUGCGCAGCAGUGACCUCGUGAGCCAAGCCAGCAACUCAUCGCUCGGGUCUGCGGAGCUGGCGAGGCCGGAGUUCCGAAAGAUUGUGGAGCAGUAUGCUUGACGGGCGGGAGGACACACCCAGGGAGGACUCCCUGGGGCGUGGAAGAAGACGGACGGACAGGGACGGCAUUCUCGUCAGCGGGCGGUUUUCCAUCACAGCUCUGGGUUGUCUGUCUACUUCGGAACUGGUUAGGCUUGAUUUGUUGGAAACGGGAUGGAUAGAUAGGGACAAAGGCAAGAGAUACCAUAGGCAGGUCAUUGGUCAGCAGGGAUCACCACGAUAGAGGUCGGGACGAAAAGGUCCAACAAAGUGUACGUACGCGUCACCCAAACAUGCCAAAGGGAAAAAACAAAAUCAGAACCCAGCUCAAGAAUACACCCAGAGGUCUCCCCGGCUCAGCAUUUGAACCACCUGAC